ACACAUGACUAACCCUUAAGUAAAGUUUGUUUUGGUCAAAGUGAAACUAAAUCUGUGUAAAUUAAGACGGAGUCUGGCGGGCGGUGAUGGUGGCUGUUUAUCUCUCGAGGUGAAAAGUUUCUGAUUAACUCAGCAGGUUAGUUUACACCGUCUUAUCUGUGUUUACAGCCCGACACAGAGCUGCUGUCAGCGGGAUCACGGCCGGACCUUGGACCAAGACCUCUGGACUCCUCGGGAGGGUUUGUUCUGUCCCUGCAGCGGGUCCUAGUCUGUGUCUGAGUCCGGAGAUGAAGAGGAGACUCCUGCUGGUGUCGAACUCCACCCUGCACGGCGGGUACCUGGACCACUGUCUGCUCAACCUCUCCGACUUCUUUGGAAAUCCUCCUCUCCUCUCCUCCUCUCCUCUCCUCUCGUCUCUUUUCCUCCUCUCAUCUCUUUUCCUCCUCUCCUCCUCUCUUUUCCUCUUCUCUCCUCUCCUCUCGUCUCUUUUCCUCCUCUCCUCUCCUCCUCUCGUCUCUUUUCCUCCUCUCCUCUCCUCUCCUCUCGUCUCGUCUCCUCUUGUCUCUUUUCCUCCUCUCCUCUCGUCUCUUUUCCUCCUCUCCUCUCCUCUCCUCUCGUCUCUUUUCCUCCUCUCCUCUCGUCUCUUUUCCUCCUCUCCUCUCGUCUCUUUUCCUCCUCUCCUCUCGUCUCGUCUCUUUUCCUCCUCUCCUCUCCUCUCGUCUCGUCUCGUCUCCUCUUGUCUCUUUUCCUCCUCUCCUCUCAGUAUGAUUCCGUGUUUUUGUCUUUCAGGAGGAGGAAACACUUUCCGCCUGUUGAAGAGUCUCUAUGACAACAAGGUCGUGACAGAGAUCAGGAGGCGGGUGCUGGAGGACGGCGUCCCCUACAUGGGUUCGAGCGCCGGCACCAACGUGGCGACGGUCAGCAUCAACACCACCAACGACAUGCCCAUCGUCUACCCCCCCUCCUUCGCCGCCAUCGGCCUCGUCCCCUUCAACAUCAACCCGCACUACCUGGACCCCGACACCAACAGCCGCCACAUGGGGGAGACCAGAGAGCAGAGGAUCACUCAGUUCCACGAAGAACCCCAAACGCCGAGUGUUCUGGGUCUGAGGGAGGGCUCCAUGCUGCUGGUGGAGGGAAACAAAGCCACGCUGCUGGGAACCACCAGGGCCAGACUCUUCACACGGGGAAAGGCCUCCGUGGAGUACGACCCAGGAAGUGACCUCAGCUUCCUGCUGACUCACUGACCAAUCAGAAGAAAAGAACAUCAUCAUGAUUUUACUUCUAACAGUAUGGAGAUGAUUAUUCUGAUUAAAAGUGAAUAAAUAAAAAUAAAUCCUC